UUUGCUUCUCUGCAUGACCAGGUCUGCCUGGCACCAGCACCCCAAAACCCUCUCAGUUUAGGACAGAUCCUGUGGAAACGCAAGAGCAUCCUUCUGUUUAAUUUCUUGUGGGGCUUCAUUUCCAGCUGAUAUGCAGAAACAUGGACAAAAAUAAAGCAGCAGUAGUGAAGAGAUUGCCCUAUCGCUGUAUGACAGCAUAGUGACUAAAUCACUCAGGAGGAAAAUGAGAACUGCCUGCACGUUCUGGAGGACGUUACUUACUCCACAUGACCUGUGAAAUACUCCCAGUACCUUAGCCAAGCUUAAAGGCAACAGAAGGCAAACUCACGACUUAGUAAGGACUAAAAUCCGCAGCUAUAUUCUACCAAGAAAUAAGCAUCCACGGGGGAGGAAGAAUCCCUGCCUUGCAGACAAGACUCCUGCAACGCUUGAGUGUUUGUUAAAUAAAGCAGUAACCAGGAGUGAAGGGAAAAUAUUAGAUCAUGUCAGAGUUCUGGCUAAUUUCUGCCCCAGGAGAUAAAACAAAUCUGCAGGCAUGGGAGAGGAUGAACAUGGUGACGUCUAAAUCCAACCUGUCCAGCAACAGCAAAUUCCAUAUUCCGGACUUAAAGGUGGGGACACUGGAUGCGCUUGUUGGUCUGUCAGAUGAGUUGGGAAAACUUGAUAGCUUUGCUGAAAGCGUAAUAAAGAAAAUAGCCCAGUACAUAGGAGAAGUUAUGGAGGACUCAAAAGAUAAAGUGCAGGAAAAUCUUCUGGCCAAUGGAGUUGACCUAAUUAGCUACCUGACACGGUUUGAGUGGGACAUGGCCAAAUAUCCCAUAAAGCAGCCGCUGAAGAAUAUAUCAGAAGCAUUAGCAAAGCAAGUGACACAGAUAGAAGCAGACCUAAAGACCCGAUCAGCAGCAUACAAUAACAUUAAAGGAAAUUUGCAGAACCUGGAGAAAAAAACUGUGGGAAAUCUGCUGACUCGGACCCUAGCAGACAUUGUGCAUAAAGAAGACUUUGUUCUGAACUCCGAGUAUCUUAUCACGCUGCUCGUCGUGGUACCAAAGUCAAGCUACGUACAGUGGCAGAAAACCUAUGAAUCCCUCUCCGAUAUGGUAGUACCUCGCUCCACCAAAAUGAUUGCUGAGGAUGCAGAGGGAGGACUCUUCACUGUGACCCUAUUUAGAAAAGUGAUGGAUGACUUCAAGGCCAAAGCCAGGGAAAACAGGUUCAUGGUUCGAGAGUUUUAUUUUGACGAGAAGGAACUGAAAUGUGAAAAGGAAGAGCUGAUGAAAUUAGCUUCUGAUAAGAAACAACAAUAUGGCCCAUUGCUGCGCUGGCUGAAAGUGAACUUCAGUGAAGCAUUUGUAGCCUGGAUCCAUGUGAAAGCCUUGAGGGUUUUUGUUGAAUCUGUCCUGAGGUAUGGCCUCCCCGUGAAUUUCCAAGCAAUGCUGCUGCAGCCAAACAAGAAGUCUGUAAAGCGGCUGAGAGAUGUCCUGAAUGUGGUCUUCAAACACCUGGAUGAAGUUGCAGCAGCAAGUAUAAUGGAUCCUGGCAUGGACAUCCCUGGUUUACAGCUGAGUAACCAAGAAUACUAUCCUUAUGUCUACUUUAAAGUGGACCUCAGUCUUCUUGACAGCAGCUAAAGAAAAAUGGCUCGAGCUUCAUCUAUUUUUCAACCCUAAUGUUGCUGUAAAACAAUCUUUAGGUACUGAAAUUCAAAUGCAGAUGCUGUAGCAGGGUAAUUGUAUAAGAUCUUCCCACCUUUUGCAGUAAUUUUUAGUGACUUCAAUAUGAGUAUCUCAUAGUUUUACAAAAACAUAUUUCAGAGGCAGGAGGUACUAUAGUAGUAUUUAUUAUUUUUGGUAAGUUACAAAGAUGGAAUAUCUACUGGACUUGAAAUAAAGCAAUUUAAAAAGUGUGGUGGCUAAUGGAUCUACCAGGUGUAUACAGACCUGAUCUUCUAAGAAAGCAAACUUAAAAAAGGAAAAAACACAAAACCAAACAAACAGAAAACCUAAAAAGCAUCAGAACAAACCUCAAAGUUUAUUUUUUUCAAAAAUAAAAGCUUAAGAAGAAAGAUCCUCAGAAUUGCUGUGGAAAUUACUGUAGAAUGAGUUCUAGUCCCAAGUACUCUUCAGUUUAGUUUUUGCCAGGACCUUUUAGUUAGAACUCAUGUGCUGGGAUGGCUCAGAGUUGAGAACAUUUUCUGCACUGAAUACAGAAAAUUACUGUUGGCCACCGUUGAGUCUUACACUGUCUUUCAUCAGGAGGGAGCUCUCCUUACAGGGCCAUCUC